AUUAAACCGCGCUGCAGGCGCUUGGCAGUGGCUCCGCUUUUGUCUCACUCGCCCAUCCGGGCUUCACCCUUUUCGGGAAGUGCCCGGUGUCGAUUCGUACUCUCCGUAUCGACCCCUCCGCCCCGGUUUCCCCGAGAGUGGCCGUGCAGGGGCGAGCGGCCCGAACCGCCUCGGUCAACUCCCCUUGCGCUUUGUUUCUGUGUUUCUCUUGUUUAACUGUGGUCCCUCUCCCAGAGGAGGAUGAUGAGCAUUGAAAUGACUCAGGAGACAAACCAGACCCCAGGGCCCAUGCUGUGUAGUACGGGAUGUGGAUUUUAUGGAAAUCCUAGGACAAAUGGGAUGUGUUCUGUUUGCUACAAAGAGCAUCUUCAGCGACAGCAGAACAGUGGUAGAAUCAGCCCAAUGGGAACAGCCAGUGGUUCAAACAGUCCUACCUCAGAUGCUGCAUCUGUACAGAGAGCAGAGACUAGCUUAAACAACUGUGAAGGUGCUGCUGGGAGCAUAUCUGAAAAAUCAAGAAACGUGCCUGUUGCCGCUUUGCCUGUAACGCAGCAAAUGACAGAAAUGAGCAUCUCAAGAGAGGAAAAAGUAACACCAAAAAGUGAGACUGAGCCAGUUGUUACUCAACCAAGCCCAUCAGUUUCUCAGCCUAGUACUUCCCAGGAUGAAGAGAGAGCCCCUGAGCUGCCCAAACCAAAGAAGAACAGAUGUUUCAUGUGCAGAAAGAAGGUUGGCCUUACAGGAUUUGACUGCCGAUGUGGAAACUUAUUUUGUGGACUUCAUCGUUAUUCUGACAAGCAUAACUGCCCAUAUGAUUACAAAGCAGAAGCUGCAGCAAAAAUCAGGAAAGAGAACCCAGUUGUGGUGGCUGAAAAAAUCCAGAGAAUAUAAAUUAACCUGCUUGUGAAAAGACUGACUUUGUUUUGUUCUUAAUACAUCCUAGGAAAACAUGAAAGAGCAGGUGCAUGGCCAUUUUCCUUUGUUCUUCAGAGUUUCACUUUCAGCCUUGUCUGUCUUAAUGAUAUUUCAGGAUGUUUGGGUGUUUCUUACAGGCAGAACUGGGUAGAUAACAGCCCUUGAAAAUAUAUAUGCUCUCCCCAGGAUAUAAUUGGAUGGUUAGAAACUUGCACAGGGGACAGACCCUCUAGUUAACAUGUGCCAAACAGAUAUAUGCUAUCUGCACGUUUGCAGCAUAUCUACUGUUUGAAGUGUGUUUGAAGUAUAUCAUCUUUGGCUAGUGUUACGUGCCUGUUUUGAAGAAGGGUAUGUCAAAAAGGUUGGUAGUCUAAUUCUAUCAUUUAAAAUCUCAUUCUCAUUUUAGUUUUCACACUCCAUUGUUUUUCAGCAGAAUGUAAGCUAUGUAGAGGGGUCCACCAUGCCAGUAAGAUCAGUGUUGGUGCCAUAUUUUAGAAAGUCACUUUUCCAUUUUUCUCAGUAUAAUUGAUAAAAUCAGAUAAGUAUAAAGGGAAAGCUAUUUCAUAGGUUCCCAAAGGAAAUGUGAACUGGCCUGCAACAGUUGUUAGCUUUUUCUUGUAUAGCUAGAAAUGUUACAUAGCACAAGCUUGACAGGUUGACUUACAAAAAAAAGCUAUGUAAGUUUAGACAUGCCACAGCAACUCUGUCAACUGACAUGUGUCUGAUGGGUAAGUUCCUGAAGUGUGGUGUCUGCUUACCUUCUGUGUAUUCACAGUUCAUAAGGGCAUAAUUUUUUCCUGUUUUCAGUGUAACAGUUGCACCAUUCUGCAUGGAAAACCAUCCCCAACAUGGCUGCUGUAGAAUUCAGUUGUAGAUGGAACCACUCUUGAAGGGUUGUUUUAUUACUUUUAAUUGUACUUGAGUGUAGAACUGUAGUGUUCUUGGGUGUAUUGCAUGGGCUGCGUUAUCUACAGCAUUGUACAAUAACAACUCUAGAAAAGGCACUAUACUUCACUGAUGCUUGUCUGGUAUCACUUCUGUGUUAUAAUGGAAGGGGGUUUUGUGAUGUAUGAAACUUGUGUUUAUAUAAAAACAAGUACAGUUUAGACUAGUGUUGUGGUAAUGCCUGUUCUCAUCUGUAAAUAGUUAUGUAUGUAUACAAGGCGCUACUCCUGAACUUCUGAUUUCUAUUGCAGUAGUCAGUCAUAGUUUUUACUUCAUUACUAAAAGCAUCUCAGUUUUGCUUCUGACUUCAUCCUUCUGAGUUACUAGUUCUGUAGACAUGUACAGAUAGUUCAUAUUUAUGUACUGCACAUAAUCAUGCUACCCAGCAUCUAUGCUACGUUGUAUUAUGUAAAUAAUAAAAGUAAUGUACAGAAGGCAA